AUGACUAAAGUUCCUGCUGUUUAUCAAUUGGGUCAUUUACCAAUUAAAGAUCAUUGUUUUUCACCAGAUCGUUCAAUUUUAGCAAUUACAAAAGAAAAUAUGGUUGAAAUUUAUAAAAUUAAUCAGUCAAAUUUAUCGUUAAAACCUCAAUUAAUUGCAACUUUAAAUGAUCAUGAUAAAACUGUUACUUCCGUUGAUAUUUCACCAGAUGGUUCUAAAAUUUUAACUUGUUCACAAGAUAGAAAUGCGUUAGUUUGGGAAUUUAAAAAUGGUGAAUAUAAACCAACUUUAGUUUUAUUAAGAAUUCAUCGUGGUGCAACAGUUUGUAAAUGGUCACCAGAUGGUCAAAAAUUUGCGGUUGGUUCAAGUGAUAGAAUUAUUGCUAUUUGUUAUUAUGAAGAAGAAAAUGAUUGGUGGGUUUCUAAACAUUUAAAAAAACCAAUCAAAUCAACAAUUACAACAAUUGAUUGGCAUCCAAAUUCAAUUUUAUUAGCUUGUGGAUCAACUGAUGGUCAUGUUAGAGUUUUCAGUGGUUAUAUAAAAGGUAUUGAUUCAAAACCUGAUCCAACUGUUUGGGGUACAAAAUUACCUUUUCAAACAUUAUGUGGAGAUUUUAUAAAUGAAACUCAAGCAUGGAUUCAUGGUGUUAAAUUUUCUCCUAAUGGUGAUGCUUUAGCUUGGACUGCUCAUGAUUCUUCAAUUGGAUUUGUUUAUCCACAAGGUGAAGGAUUAGAACCAAAAUCAAUUUUAAAUUUAAAAACAAAUUAUUUACCAUUUAUUUCAGUUGUUUGGAUUAAUGAUUCAACUAUCGUAGUUGGUGGAUUUAAUUGUAAUUUAGUUGUAUUUAAAGGAAAAGAAUCAAGUUGGAAAGAAGCUUAUCAAAUUGAAGAACAAAAAGAUUUAACAAAAGAAACACCACAUACUAAUGAUGAUGAAGAUCAAGAAAUUAGUUCACAUCAAGCUUUAAAUAUGUUUAAACAAUUAGAUUUAAAAGGUAGAGUUAAUAAACCAUCUCAAAAGCAAAGUAAAGGUUUAAAAACAAUUCAUCAAAAUACAAUAAAUAGUAUUAGAAAUUUUAAAAAUAAUCAAGUUUCAACAUCAGGAAUUGAUGGAAAAGUUGUAAUUUUCAACGUUUAA